AUGUCGGGCUUUGAGAUUCUCGGGGCCAUUGCGAGCUCUAUCGCUCUGACGCAAGCGGUCAAGGGGACAGUCAAAGCCAUAGACUUUCUACGACAAGCCUCAGAAAUGAAAAAAGAGUGUGAUAGAUUGAAGACCGAAAUACUCAUGAUAGACUACUUCAUCGUGAAGGCGAGACAGCAGACAGAUCCUAUGAUGCCAGCACAACGACUACUCGGAUCCGCAGAAUACCCAAUAGUCACCUUAGCGACGCAAGAGCUUGAGGGGAUUCUGGAAGAGCUCAAUGAGAUUGUCAAGAAAUAUUCACGCUCCGGUACGGCCUACGACCGAAAGCGAUACACAAAUAAGAUGAAAUGGUUAUCAGAUGUAAGCAAGAUUGAGGAGCUUCGAGAAAGAGCUCAGGCUAUGAAGUUCAACCUGCACACGGCAAUGACGUUUCGAGUUUCUUCCAUGGUAGAUCGAGGAAAUGUGCGACAAGAAGUGCUCUUCCACAGUGUGACUCAACAGUUAACUUACUAUACACAAGAAACUCAUAAUAUCUCUCAAACGCCGCCCAAACUACUUCAACCCCCCCAUCCCAUGCCAGAAGAUCCAAGCACAAGUCUACAACCGUGGACCCAAGGCACAAAGGCUCACAACAAGCCCGACCCAUCAACAACGGAAAGGGACAGAGUUACUGAGGACAGGACAUUUCCCUCGGCACGCGUAUCUACUCAUGAAGUCCCUAAUAUCAAUGAGGAGAGUCUUAUUAGUGUCACAGCCAUUCAACCCAUGGGCAUACGUUCAUGCGGCCUGAAGUGCCAAUGUCGAUGUCACCGAGAACGACGAGACCAGACUGGUGCCUGGGCAAGCUCUCUCCUCUCUUCAUGGAUAGUUCGAUAUGAAAGGAUAGACACCGAUUACCAAAGAACAUGCAGAUGUAGGUCCAGCUUCGAAUUCGAAUUUCGACUUCCAAAUUGGCUAUGGGCAGGAGUCCUUUCGUUCAAGACAUCGCGAGGGCCAGGUAUUAGCUUCUCCUUACGUUUAUCAAGGGUUCUCGAAUCAGACGACAAUUUAUGGAUGACAAUGACGAAUCCAUCGUUACUAGAAACUCGCCUUAGAGAGGGGUUUGCGUACUUCCCGGACGACGUAGCUGGAGGUGUCUGGCCCUUGUUGUUGAUAGCAUUGAGGAACCAGAGUUCAGAUAGCAUGGAAAUCCUUCUCAAGCUAUGGAAAAACAUAUUGCCAAGUCAGGGGCUAUCUAGAUUCGUCCCGAUACAAGAAAUCGGAUACCGACUGAAAACACAUGCUGUUAUAUAUAAGUGGACUGGAAUGAUUUCAGUGAUAACCAAAGCACUGUCUUUUGUGCAAGAUUGGGAAGACGUGGUCAUGACUAAAGUUCACAUAGCGGCAUCAGAAGGUGGAGUGUUGGACGCGUUACGGGAGCAACCCUGGGCCAUCGACGAACUCAACGAAUAUGGAGAGGCUCCAAUCCAUGUUGCGAUUGGUUGUAACAACUUCAGAGGAUUCGAGCAACUGAUCGCAGCCAAUGCUGACAUCAAUCGGCAAACUGGUUUCGGCAAUACUCCCCUCAUGAGGGCAUCCUACUACGGGCGCGACACGAUGGUAAAGAAAAUUUUGGGGUACAGCGAGUGCCGGAGGCGUAUCGGGCAAAGCACUGCAGUAGGCCAAACGGCUCUUCAUUUUGCUGUUCAAUCAGGAUCUGCAACCUGUGUCAGAUUGUUGCUUGAGGCUGGAGCGUCGGCACUAAAGCUCAAUCAACUCGGCGAAACUCCAAUGCACCGCCUUGCAUGGGGAGAACAAGAUGGCCAGCAAGAAACUUACGAGAUAAUCGAACUUCUGAAAGCUCACGGGGCUGAUAUCGAAUCAAAAAAUCGUGAUGGUUGGACACCAAUGUUGUGGGCAUGUGCAAAAGGCAAUGUCCCUGUCCUAAGAGCUCUUGUUAGGGCUGGUGGGUCACUCAGCGCCAUCAGCUCACACCGACAAGGCAUACUUCAUCGGGCAGCUUGCUCCAACAAUUUCGAUAUUGUCCAUUGCUUAGCAGAGCAAGACCUUGACGGUAUCGAUCCGCAACUUCGAGACCUCUCCCAGGGCGAAACUCCCCUGGGCAGCUUGAACAGCUUGAUUUGGAUCCUUGGUAAAUGUGUUGUACCUUCUGAUCCUAUGCCAACUCCAAAUCAGCAGAAAAGUUUCAUCAAGCUGUAUUUCGACUUGUUGAUACGAGACUUGGAGCGUCACAUGUCAACUCUCCGGAAUAUUCAAGAAUCAAUACAGGACAGAGACCCUGAGACUACAACAGAACUCCUCCACAUACUUAUUAAGAGGAACGAGGCCAGUUUCCGGCAGGACCUCGUUGACUGGUAUAGAGGAUUCAUAUUUUAUGUUUCAGAUGGUCAGUGGGAUCAUUUGAAGCAGGCGAUUUGCGACGAAUAUGAUGAGACAUCUGAGAAAGCUCAAAGGGCAGCAGUUGCGAGAGAAAAGAAGAUGGCAGAUCCUGAGAUGAAGGAAUUCUUUUAA